AUGUGUCACUCAAUGUGUCAGAAUGUGUCAGAAUGUGUCACUCAAUGUGUCAGAAUGUCACUCAAUGUGUCAGAAUGUGUCACUCAAUGUGUCAGAAUGUGUCACUCAAUGUGUCAGAAUGUGUCACUCAAUGUGUCACUCAAUGUGUCAGAAUGUCACUCAAUGUGUCAGAAUGUGUCACUCAAUGUGUCAGAAUGUGUCACUCAAUGUGUCAGAAUGUGUCACUCAAUGUGUCACUCAAUGUGUCAGAAUGUCACUCAAUGUGUCAGAAUGUGUCACUCAAUGUGUCAGAAUGUGUCACUCAAUGUGUCAGAAUGUGUCACUCAAUGUGUCAGAAUGUGUCACUCAAUGUGUCAGAAUGUGUCACUCAAUGUGUCAGUCAAUGUGUCACUCAAUGUGUCAGAAUGUGUCACUCAAUGUGUCAGAAUUUGUCACUCAAUGUGUCAGAAUAUGUCACUUAAUGUGUCAGAAUGUGUCACUCAAUGUGUCAGAAUGUGUCACUCAGUGUGUCAGAAUGUCAUUCAAUGUGUCAGAAUAUGUCACUCAAUGUGUCAGAAUGUGUCACUCAAUGUGUCAGAAUGUGUCACUCAAUGUGUCACUCAAUGUGUCACUCAAUGUGUCAGAAUAUGUCACUCAAUGUGUCAGAAUGUGUCACUCAAUGUGUCAGAAUGUGUCACUCAGUGUGUCAGAAUAUGUCACUCAAUGUGUCAGAAUGUGUCACUCAAUGUGUCAGAAUAUGUCACUCAGUGUGUCAGAAUGUCACUCAAUGUGUCAGAAUUUCACUCAGUGUGUCAGAAUGUCACUCAAUGUGUCAGAAUGUGUCACUCAAUGUGUCAGAAUGUGUCACUCUGUGUCCUGAGGUCUUCAGAGGCAUAA